ACUGCUUACUCAGGUGCAUCUUUAACCAGACAGGAGAAGAUGGAGGUGACGUCUCAGCCCACAGCGUUCGCUCCGUCUGACUUCCAGACCGGACUGCUCGAGUGCUGCGACGACUGCGGGACAUGUGUGUGUGGGCUCUUCUGUCUAACCUGCCUGGGCUGUUCCAUCGCCAGCGACAUGGGGGAGUGCUGUUUAUGUGGACUGGGAAUGUCCAUUCGCAGUGUGUACAGAACCAAAUACAACAUCCAGGGCUCCAUGUGUAAAGACUUUAUGAUCAGUAAUUGCUGCUUACCCUGCGCCACCUGCCAGCUGAAGAGAGACAUCGACAGGAGGAAGCAGCAGGGAAUCUUCUGAAUCUGACCAGAAUCUUCACACCACUGGGGAUCGAACCAAGCCGCGACUUUCCUCAGUUUGUGUUCUUUAUUAACAAAACAGUGCUUAAAGGGUGUGAAAGCUAUAAGGAACAAUUACAAUGCUUUUGUGUGUUCCUUAAAAAUGAAAUUGUUGAUGUGUGUUACACCACAGCGCUGUUGGAUCCUGGAUUGGGAUGGGUCAGGUGGUGUUGAUUAAUUCUCUAUAACAGCGGCUCUGACAGUAGCGCAGCUGCACAUCACAGGUUUAUAUUAAUGUACUCAUUCCAAUAGCUUACAUCUCUAUAGUAACAGCUCAUUCACAGGGACGUGGACGGCAGAUUCUCCAUUAACAAUAAACAGAUUUUUAAAAAG